AUGAACCUAGAUGGGUUCGAUUUCUGUACAGGUGUGGAGCCGUCUGCUGCCUCAGAUGGAAGUACAGACGAUAUCAAAAACAAGAAAGAAGAUGGAAAAGCGGUGCAGAAUCUUCCCGGCGGCCUCAAGCUUUGUUGUGUUCUGGCGAUGGCAAUCCUCCUCUUGGCUUUGCUUCCGAUGGCUGAGCUGGAUCCCAGAUUCCCAGAUGCUUCCAAGGGCUUAGCAGUCCUCAUGGUCACGGCGUUGUUCUGGAUCUCAGAAGUGAUGCCACUUUCGAUCAGCAGCCUGCUUCCGAUGGGUCUUUACCCUUUGUUUGGGGUUGUCAAGGCAUCUGCCUUGGCUCGGAAGUUCUUUUCUGGCACAUCUUUCCUGUUCAUUGCGGGCUUCUUGCUGGGCCUCGCUAUUGAGCGAUGGAACUUGCACACCCGCUUCGUUCGCAUCGUGCUGUCACAGAUUGGAAAUCGUAUACAGUUCUAUCUUGCUGCGUUUAUGCUCACUACAUGGCUUCUCAGCAUGUGGAUCUCCAACACAGCCACAAUGCUGUGCAUCAUGCCCGUAAUGAAGGCUUUCCUUUCAUCGCUUGAAGGAGGACAUCCAUCGUUCCAUAGCACUAUGCUUCUAGCUGUAGGCUACUCUGCAACUGUGGGCGGGUUGUCAACUCCUGUGGGCACGCCCACCAAUGGUAUCUUCAUGGCCAUGUUCCAAGAGUUCUGGCCAGAUGAGGAGGAGUUUUCUUUUGCAAGAUUUUGCUUGGUAGCCCUGCCCUUGUCAGUCUUGCUUCUGCUAUGUGUAUAUGUUCUUACCUGCAUUGUCUAUGCGUGCAGUGGCGCACGUAUUGUCGUUAACCGCGAAGCUUUCCUUGGCACGCAGCAGCUGGGCAAAAUCACCUUCGAGGAGAUGGUGGUUAGCUUCAACAUGAUGUGCCUGGUGAUCCUGUGGUUCACUGCGUCUAGAAUCGACAGGUUUCCUGGGUGGAAAAAAUGGGUGUCGACAGAUCUCGACAGCGGGUCCAUCGGCCUUUUGCUGACACUUCCGUUCUUUCUGAUACCUUGUGGUCGUUGGUUGCCUCCUGCCUUGAGACGUGCUCUUGGUGAAGAUCGCUGCCAAUCGGUUUGCAAGGGCCCCAGCCCCAACUACAUUUUGGACUGGGAGAGCGUAAAGAGGGAUUUCAGUUGGGAGAUCCUUUUCGUCUUCGGUGGAGGAGCACUCGUGGCUCAUGGUACCGUGGAAAGUGGCCUGGCACAGGUCAUUGCCGAGGCUCUUGAGAACCUGGGCCUCAACAUCUUCAUAUUCAAUCUCGUUGUGGUGACAGUGAUCUGCUUUGUGACAGAAGUGGUUUCCAACAUGUCUACGUUGAACAUUUUCGGUCCAAUUAUGGCCACUGCUGCCCAGCAUAUGGGGAGCAGUCCUGUUCAGCUUCUUUUGGGUGUGUCCUUCGCCUCAUCAUUUGCUUUCAUGUUGCCGGAGUCGCCGUCAUCACGGAUGGAUCUUGCUUCGCCAUCGCAGCUUCUGCGGAAGUCGAACUCGCGCACCAUCUCUGCCGUUCAGGUGGUAGUCCGCUUUCGGCCCCCGGUCAUGGAUGACGAGCAACAGGACUCCAUCUCCUUCUCCAUCCACCCAAAUGGAAGAAGUGUCUCAUCGGCAGACAGUGCUUACGUCUUUGACUUCAACAAGGCCUUUGGAGAGGCUGCAACGCAGGACGACAUUUUUGAAGCUGUCGGCAAGCCGAUUGUCUCGGACGUUCUCAGCGGAUACAAUGGGACAAUCCUAGCCUAUGGACAGACGUCUUCUGGCAAGACGCACAGUAUGUACGGUCCCGGGAAUGUUGCAAUUGACAGUGUGCCGCCAGACUUACAAGGUAUCGUGCCAAAAGCCUCGCGCUUCGUGUUUGAUCACAUCGAAGCGAGUGUCGACUAUGACACGGAGAUCACAUUGCGCUGCAGCUUCAUGGAGCUAGCUUCCGGCUGCCAUGUCUCCAUGGCUCCGCGACCGCCUCAGGACAUCUUCGAGGUGCCGGGAGGUCGCGAGCUGCCGAACAAGUCACACUUCUUUGUUCAGGCGCUUGCUGCGGGGCCCAGGCGUCAGCCCUACUGCCCGAGCGUCUACGGAGAGGAUGUGGGAGAUGUGAGAUCGUCUUCGCCCACGGGAGCCACUCUGCUCCCGAGGAGGCCCUCGACUUCGGAUUCCACCACGGACAAGGUGGCACAGAUGAGAUCCCGCAUUUUGUCCCUCAAGGAGCUCCGAACGCAGACCGAUGGCGAUUCGAAUGCGCCAGAGACGACCCCUGUUCCUGACCAGCCGGCUGGGCCGCCGGCAGCCUCUGCAACUCAGCCGCAGGAGAGGCUGGCUUCCAUCAUGAGCUUCCUGGACGAAGUUGAGGAGUCCUCGAAAGCCGAUAUCUCCUCGAUUAUCUUGUCAACUCGUUCAUCCCGAAGCGCAGGCGAGAACGAAGUCUCAAGGUCUCUGAUUCCAUCGGGCCUGACUCAGGAUGCAGCAGCAGUGCAAUCCAGAGCCUCGAUGCUUGAGGUGGAAGUUCAAGACAAGAAGCACAUCAUCGACUCUCUCAAGAGGGCACUCCACGAGUCUCAGGAACGUGAGAAGGAGAAGGUGCAGGCCACGGUCAAGGAAUGGGAGGAGAAGUUGCAGCAGCAGAAGGCACAGUACGAGGCCGGCAGUGAGCGGCACCUGAAGCUGGUCGAUCGACUGCUCAAUGACAAGACAGAGCUCACGAGAAGAUGCGAACUCUUUUCAGACGAGCUCAAAGCCGUGGAGCGGAAGUAUCAAAUGAAGAUCGAGGAGAUGGAGGAUCAUGCUGCAAAGGAGCUGGCCAAGAACAAGCAAAACUGGAUUGCAACGGAACGCUUGAAGCGGGAGGCAUGGGAAAAGGAUAAGGUAAAGGAAAUCAAGGACAUGACCGUGAAAGGCCUACAGCCUGAAGUGGAGCGCAUCUUGGCCGAAAGAAAGCAGGAGAAGGUUCGCCUGGAGGAGCAGAAGACAGAGGCCCUGGAGGAGCAGAGGAGGGAGCUUCUUAGCUUGGCACAGCAGCAACUCCAGGAACUUCGCGAGCAGAAGCAUCGCGAGACGGAAGCAGCGCUCGAUCGGGAGCGGGAAGCUCACCGGCAGAAGGUGCGUGACGAGUUCGAGCGGUUCAAUCGUGAGUUGCAGGAGGAGAGGACAAAAUGUGCUGCUGAUUUGCUGGCAGAGCGGCGGUUGCGUGAAGAGCUCAUCCGACAGGCUGCAGAGGGCUCGGAGGUGAAAUUACGAGAAGCGCUUGCUGCAGAACGUGCGCGGCUUCAGUCAUCUCUGAACGAAGCAGAGGAGCGUCUCGCGGAAGCCAACCGCCAGCACCAGGACCAGCUUUCUCAGCUGGAAGCACGAUUGCGAGCUCAAGCAGAAGCCAACUACAAUGCGCAGAAAGAAACGGCACGCCUGGAAACGGAAGAACGCGAGGCGUCCCUGCGUAAAGAGCUGGCCGCUGAGCGUGAUCGCCAGUUGGAAGUCGUCAUGGAUCGCCUCAGCCGGGAACACGUGGAGCGGCAGCUGGCCAUGGAAACCGAAGCCAACAAGAAGUUGCAGGAAGCACGUGCGGCAGCAGGAGAGGAGACCGCGCGUGUAGCCAAGCAGCUGGAAGAAGCAAGGGCGGAGGCGAAGCUGGUUCAGCAGCAGAAGAAGCAGCUGGAGGAAAUGCUCUGCAACAUGAAGGAUUGUCAGACGGCCUCCGCCGAGCGCCUUGCAGAAUGCCAGCAGAAAUACAUGGACCUGGAAAGCGACCGCAAUGAGCUUCGGAAGGCUGCGGAUGAGGUUCUUCGUAAGCAUCAGAACGAGCUUCAACAGCUCGAAGACACUCGCGAAAAGGAGCUGCAAGACCUUCGUCAAAGCUUGGGUGAAGCCAUGGCCCAGAUUAAGGAGGAGCAGGCGAAGCUGGAGGAAGUGAGCAAGGAGUCUCAGCGCCGCGAAGAACAGAUCAUUGCCGAUUUGGAGGCCAAAGUCAAGAGAACUUUGCAGGCCAAGGACGAGACCAUUGGCGAGCUUCGCAAAAGGUGUACGGCACUGGACAACAAGGUUUCCGAAUUCGGGUAUCUGCUGGAGAGGCAGCGCGAAGAGCUCCUCAGCGGUCUUCUGGGGGACAGUCAGCGCUGA